AUGGCAUCCACUAGUUUUGUUCAGUUGCAACUUCCAAAGUUGAACGGAAAAAAUUACAACAACUGGUCCGUCCAGAUGAAGGUUCUAUUCAGGUCCCAAGAUUUGUGGAACCUGGUGGAGAACGGCUACACCGAAGUAGCUGAUGCUGAAGAAUUCAAUGCUUUGAGGAAGGAGGAGAAAGAAGCGUUGAAUCUAUCUCGGCUUACUUUGAUCGUGUACAAACCAUCGUUAACCAGCGAGGUUAAUGGUGAAGAGCUCCAAGAUGUACGAGUCGUAGAAAAAAUCUUGAGGUCUUUGACUGAAAGAUUUGACUACGUGGUUGCGGCGAUCGAAGAAGGCCAAGAUAUAUCAACCAUGACGUUGGAGAGGUUGAUGGGUUCAUUAUGUUCGCAUGAGCAAAGAAUGAACCAGAAGUCUAUCGAUUCGAAUUCGAGCAAGCACUUUGCAGAGUCGGGUCACUCAAUCAAAUCGAGGAGGUCAUCAUGGUGGCCGAGGUCGUGGAGGUCAUGGUGGUGCCCGAGGGGGCAAGAGCAGCCAGAAUAUGUGCACGAUGUCGAUGCAAAUGAAAGCGUGGUGUUAGCAUGCCAAAUGGAUGACUCAAGUACCAUGGACACAAAAAUUUGGUACCUUGAUACUGGGUGCAGCAAUCACAUGUGUGGUCAAAAGGAGCUAUUUUCGAAGUUAGAUGAGACGGUUCGUGGUGAAAUCAACUUCGGGAAUAAAUCCAAAAUUCUCGUGAUGGGCAAAGGUAACAUUGAUGUCAACUCAAAAGAUGGUACUAAUGUUACUAUUGCAGAUGUUUACUUUGUGCCGGGACUCUUUUGGAAUUUGCUGAGUGUUGGGCAACUAUCCGAAAAAGGCCACAAAGUUAACAUUGAAAAUGGUGUGUGCACCAUUAGAGGCGCAAACAAUAAGUUGAUUACGACGACACAAAUGAUGAAGAACCGGAUGUUUCCUCUAUCCCUUCAGACGAAGACUCUAUUGAGUUUCCAGGCAACAACAAAAGAUAGCAAGUGGCUAUGGCAUCUUCGGUUCGGUCAUCUAAAUUUUCGUGGACUUAAAUUACUAGUCCAGAAAAAGAUGGUGACUGGCAUGCCCUUGAUCGACGCUCCAGACCGCUCAUGUGAAGGAUGUCUCGUUGGAAAGCAACAUCGGAAGUCUUUUCCAAUUGGGAGAGCUAGAAGAGCCAAGCAACCUCUGGAGUUGGUACAUACGAGAUAUCGUGGCCCCGUUGAGGUGGAAUCAUUUGGACAAAAAGGUGUCCAACAAGGAGUGUUCUUGGAAGAACUUCAGAAGAGGCUUGGAGCGGCAACAAGCCAGAUGUUUCGUUCCUACGGGUAUUUGGGUGCGUAG